AUGACCUCAGUGAACAAUGGUCAACAGCUCAAAUUUGAGGCAAACCGAAACGGAAGCGUGCCUAAGCCUAAAGUUAUUAGCAAACGAUUUUCCGACAUACCCUCGGCGAUUGAUAUACCAGUUCAAGGCGAAGAUGAUGAUCAAGCUGUCGAGGUCGACCUUGAAGACCUCUUAGAUGAUCCGACCGAGCUCUGUACCCUUCUAGAGAAUGAGGGUGCUGCGCGAACGUAUUGGAUGACAGUAUCACUAGCAUAUGCCAAACAAAAGAAAGUCGAUCAUGCCAUCGAAAUUCUAUUAAAGGGCGGCCAAACCUCCCUAGGUGGAAACAAAGAUAAACUUAGCAUGCUUACUUGCCUUUGCUGGAUGUACUUAUGGAAAAGUCGAGAAGCUCCUAGAGUAGCACCAGAAGAUAGUACAGCUAACUCAUCUGUAAAAAAUAAGGAAUUCUAUCUUCAACUGUCUACAUCAACAUUAAAUGAAGCCUCUCGUAUUGAUGCAGCAUUUCCGCCAUUAUUUCUUGCUCGUGGCGUUCUUCUAUUACUAAAAGCUUCAUUACAGCCACCCUCAAAACCUGCUGCAAAUGGCACCGUACCAACAGAUAAAGUAGAAAUUUUACGCGCAUCGCUUAAAUCGUUUGAAGAUUCAAUUCGGGCCUCCCAGGGUAAAAAUAUGGUUGCGCUAAUGGGAAAAGCAAGGGCGUUAUAUUCUCUAGGAAAGUUCGCCGACUCAUUGGAGGCAUAUCAGGAGGUACUUCAAAGAAUGCCAGAUUUUAUCGACCCGGAUCCACGAAUAGGAAUCGGAUGUUGUUUUUGGCAGCUUGAUUUCAAAGAGGAUGCUAAAAUUGCUUGGGAACGCGUCUUGGAAAUAAAUCCUGAUUCAAAGAUCGCAAAUAUUCUUCUAGGCCUCUUUUAUCUCGAUGCUAGUGCACAUGUUCCUAUAAAUAGUGCUGAAUUUGUUCGACUCUACAAAAAAGCAAUGACAGAGUAUACCCAAAAAGCUUUCAAGAAGGACAAAAAUCUUCCAUUAACAUGUGCAACAUUUGCUGGAUAUUUCUUAUCGCGAAAGUCUUUAUCGAACGUUGAAACUCUUGCGCACAAAGCAAUUCAAAAUACAGAUGUCAAUGCUAUUGCAAGCGAUGGCUGGUACCUUUUAGCUAGAAAGGAACAUUACAGCAAAGUACUUGAUAAGGCUACCGACUACUAUCGGCGUGCUGACGAAGCUAGAGGUGGAACAGAUCGCGGCUAUCUACCUGCAAAGUUCGGCGCUGCCCAAUUGUCGGUAUCUAAAGGCGAUCUAGGUGAAGCGAAAUUGAGGCUAGAGAAAAUCAUACAGCAAACUAAAAACAUAGAAGCUAUGAUCCUUUUAGGGACAAUUUACGCUGAAGAAGCAUUCAAAGGUCCAAAACCGAACUCAAAAGACGACAAGUCAUCCGAAUUCAAGAAGGCCACUGGAUAUCUUGAGAGUGUCAGAUCAGCCUGGAAAGAUCCAAAAAAAAAUCUAAUACCAAAUACAUCUGUCCUCCUUAACCUUGCACGACUAUACGAAACAGAUCAACCAGAGAAAAGUCUGCAAUGUUUACAACAGGUAGAACAAAUCGAGUACGACCAAGUUCCCGAGGAAGAGCGUCCCAAAAACCCGGACGAGGAAGUCACCUUCAGGAUAAACUUAAGAGAAAAUCUUCCCCCACAACUGCUAAAUAAUAUGGGCUGCUUCUAUUAUCAGUCUGACAAAAAAGAGUUAGCCCGUGACAUGUUUCAGUCCGCCUUAAAUGCUUGCGUCAAGGCUGAGGAAAAACGCGAUGAUAUAGAUACUGAUGCCCUCGUAACUACAAUCAGUUACAAUCUUGGGAGAACCCUUGAGACAAUGAAUCAGCUUGACGAAGCAAAAGCUGUAUUUCAAGGCUUACUGCGUCGUCACGGUGAUUAUACUGAUGCCAGGACGCGAAUGGCAUACAUUGCCCUCUGUCAAAACCCAACCUCAGAGGGCCCCAAAGCAGUCGCAUCUCUCUAUCAAAGUUCAUCAGCUGACCUUGAAGUCAGAGCUCUUUAUGGAUGGUACCUCGGAAAACUUCAUUCUCGAAAGCGUAACAGCAACAUUACUGAGGAUUCCGAAUUACGUCACUACAAACACACACUACAAAAUUAUGAUAAACACGAUAGAUAUGCGUUGAUAGGGAUGGGGAAUAUCUAUCUAGCCGCCGCUCGCGAAAUGCGCCGUGAGACUGACCAAGAAAAACAGAAGCGCAGUAGUUUAUACACCAAAGCAGUCGAAUUUUUUGACAAAGCUCUGCAACUUGAUCCCAAGAAUGCAUACGCAGCUCAGGGAAUAGCUAUUGCUCUUGUUGAAGAUAAGAAAGACUUCAAAACAGCACUAGGAAUUUUUAUCAAGGUUCGCGAAACAGUCAAGGAUCCUAACAUAUACAUCAACUUGGGUCACAUCUUCGCUGAAUUGAAGCAGUGGAACAAAGCUAUUGAGCACUAUGAAAUUGCAAUGCACAAGGAACGGUCUCGUGAUCCUCAAGUGUUGGCUUGCUUAGGGCGAACGUGGCUAUCCAGGGCGAGAGCAGAAAAAAUGUCUCUGAGUGGGUUGAAGAGCGCUCUAGAAUAUUCACAAAAGUCGCUAGAGGUGGCACCUAAUCAAAUUCAUUUCAAGUUUAAUGUUGCAUUCAUUCAGAUGGCUAUUGGGACAGCUGUACAUGGGCUAAAAGAGGGCCAGAGAACUUUGGCUCAGGUUGAGGAAGCAGCUGCAGGGGUCGAGGAAGCCAUCAAAAACCUAGAUGAGAUCGCCAAUCAUCCUCAGACACCGUAUCCGAAGCACGAUAUUGAACAACGUGCCAACAUGGGUAGGAAUACUGUUCGCAAUCAAUUGAGCCGCGCACUUCAAAACCAAAGAGAGUAUGAGGAGAAGAAUGCCGAAAAGCUACAAGCAGCCAAGCAAGCACGAGAUGAUGAGUUACGGAAACGAGAGUUGCAAAAAUUAGCAAUUCAGAAAGCUGAACAAGAGCGAAAGCUCAAGAUUGCCAAAGAACGGCACGAAAUUGCUGAGCGUGAUCGACAGUUAGCAGAAGCUCGGGCAGAGGAGGAGAGAAAUCGUGAAGCUGCUGAACUCACUACGGAUAGCGAAACAGGAGAGAGAAUAAAGAGACGGAAAAAGCCCCGUGCUGGAGGCAUGGGCGGAAAGCGGAAGAAAAAGAACGAUCACGGUGCAUCAAACGAGGAAGAAAGCGGGGCCGAGCCGCCUAGGCGCCCACGUAAGACAGGAAAAUUGGCAGCAAGUGGGGCUGAUAGUGAGGAUGAUAAGCCCAAGAAGAAGCGUCGGCUUGCCAACAAGAAAAUCGCUGAAAAAUCUGGCAAAUUCAAGAGUAACGAGAUUGUGGUCGAAAGUGAAAGUGAAGAAGAGAUCAGGGCCACAGACUUUGACAAGGAAACAGAUGGCGUCUCCGGUCAAACUCCGACUCCUACCAAUAUGGAAAUCGACGAAGGAGUAUCAGAUGAAGAUGAAGAUUCUUUAACGGUGGCUACCCAGAGGAAAAAUCGUCGUACGGCUCGAUUUCUCGAUUCCGAUGACGCGGAAUCGGAGGUUGAUGGGAAUGAAGCGGCGCCGCCUUUGACCGGGGCAUCCGACGAAGAUGAUGACUAG